AUGAAAAUAUCUAGUACGUAUCUUGUGCUGCUGACGGCUGGGGUUUAUGGGGUAGAUGCGAGAGGUAGUUUCCUCCCAAGCUCUCCAUCUAUCUUUGGCACCAACAUUGAUACUGCAGAAGCGCUCCAUACCGCUACCGUUAAUUAUAAUGGAGAGGACCGUACCUUGUUACCCCAAAACAACUACAAUGGCUGGGUCAACCCUGAAGAUUUGGCUCCUAUGCCACAGUGCAUCGCUCAGCAAGAUCAAUCCACCUGGCUGAGCACCAUGACGAAAUCUAUCUGCACCCACCAUCAAUGGCUCACUCAGCUCAGCUGUCUCAGCGUUGCAUUUUCCCCCAACGUUAUCGAAAGUUAUUUCCCAUACUGUGGUAGAUCAGUACUCGCCAAAGCGCAGUUGUAUCAAUGGGUUCGUAACAUCACCGGUCGAACGUGGCUUGUCGAUGUUGGCGACGCGAAUGAGUUGCAAAAUCUCUCCCCAGCCUCCCUAGCUGAAGGGUACGCAGCCUUUGACGUGGUUUACAAUGCACCAACAUGCCUGACCGGCUCGGUUUCUGCUCUAUGGAUGGAGCCAUUUCAACAUGUAAUGGCCUCCUGUAGUUUCACAAGCACUACCCAACACACCGGAAAUGCUGCUCGUCCUUGGGAAUAUAGUGAAUCCCUACGGUCCAUGAUCACUCUGGAUUCUGAAACUGUUGGUUACAAUCUCGUCCGGCAUCGCAUCAGAGAUGGCGACUAUUUUGAUAAAGAUUGCUUCUGCAGCGCCUUCACUAUAGAUCUCAAAAAGGAACCCUGUUCAGGGUCAGGACAAUUGGACUUCACGAAAGAGCGCCUCUGGAUUAAUGCCACCUGUGGGUCGACGUCCUUACCCGAUAACUGGACGGACAUACUCAAAACCACACAAUUCGCGUACAUUCCCAUCGAAGAUUGGCACUGGCCCAUGUGUGUCGCGGAUAUGCCGAAGCAGGUGAUCAAGCUUACUGAUCAGUGUGCAACUGAUGCUUGUGAGCUCGACUCAAGUGGCUACUGCAAAGUCAAGCGCGCAGUCGACAGGGCUUGCUUUUGCCGCAGCAUCAGCUACGAUUCCUGUGGAGGUUCGUGCAAGAUAUUCGAGACCAGAAUAGACUAUAUCAAGUGGCUCCAUGAUCUCUGUGACAAUGUGCAAGACUGGCACGGUCUGCCAGAUGAUUGGCGCCAAUUAGCCGCCCCUACCCCUAUCGACAUGAUUCCAUGGCGAUGGACUAUCAAGCCAUCCAACAAUUCAGACAUUGCCUAUAUCACCCAUUUGGGAUACAUCAGGGCAACGGAAACAUGUGCCUCAAAUGAGUGGAAGCUCGGAAGCUUUGCUCUAGUCAAUGUAGCUACUUUCCUUGUAGCAUUUCUCAGCCAGAGAACAAGCAUACAUCAAAUCACACCCGGCUUUCUAUGGCACUCACACCCAUGGUGUUGGUUUUUCAAGGGGACUUUAAUCGCCACUCUGCAACUCCUUGCAAACUGGUUCAAUGUUCUUUUUGUUCAGAAAACCCCUGGUUAUGAGGACGUUCCUGUUAUUCAAUUGAUGCUUCUCUGGUGCUCAAUGCCUCGGCUUGCUUGGCUAACGAUUUUGCUGAUUGGUGUACAACCCUUUGGAGCGAUGAAAUUCUCCGCGGCCGCGUCUUUGUUAUUUGCAGAAAUGAUCCUCCAGUCUCUAUCAUCAUAUUACAUGGUUAUGACCGUCAAUUAUGGUCGAGAACACAACUUCUACUUUGGAGGUAUGGAAAGAGCAGAGAGAGGAAGAUCAGCAAAAAUCAUGUAUGCUGGAGCACUCAUGUGGCUUAUGAUUGUUGGCCUGGUGCUCAUUCAGUCAAUGCGGGCCACGCGUAGGAUGAACAGGUUGAUUGGAUCUGGUAGUCUCAACCCACCAAAGUGGCAGAGAGGCAAGCAGACAAUAUCAAAAAUUGCGGAGGAUCUGAUGGUCUGCUUGAAUGAACUUUGCACAAGGUUCAGGGAGGAUUCGGCACAUUAUUGGAUGGACGAGAGUAGGGGCUCAGAAGAAACACCAUUGACAAGUAGCGAGGGAGGAGAUUACAAGAUGUAUGGCACUUUCUCUGUUAAAGACCAACAUCACUGGGUUUCCCAGAAAGCAUUUGUGGAAUUGUAUGCGGCCACGGUCAUAAGCAUGCUCUUUCUCUGGAUCGCGCAGUGGCUCUUUUGGGGCGGAUUUAUUGGUCUUAGUUCGGAAGAGUUCUGUCCCCCUAAGCUUGGGGUUCUCACAGCUGUCUGGAUUGUUUUCUCAUUGGCAGGCGCUAUUAUUAUUAUUAUUUAA